AUGCCCAUGACCCACCGGUCAACACCAACCACGAUGGUGUGCGUUGUCACAACGCUGUUGUUGUUGUUCGCAGUCUUCGUACCCAUGCAGCACGCCAACGCACGGCCGGUCGCCCAUCGCCGCCACGCUUCACCGUUGCAGCGUCAACCCAUGCACUCAACGAGGGCGGAGAUGGGUGCAGACCCCAUACCUUCAGCACAAGCAGGAGAGCAUGUACGGCGAUCAUCGGCUGUUGAGGAUAACAAUCAGUACCUCCUGUGCAACAACGCUGUACACACCCUGCGCGCCGUGGAGUCGCAGCUUCACACGGACCACGAGGCCCUGGCGCAAGAAGACAGCGUACGCAAUGCGCCCACACCAGAAGGUGUCAACCUGACUCACUUGGAGCGCAUCGUGCAGCUGUUCUGUGAACCUGAUGCGCAAGACGAGUUCAAACAGGACACGCAAGAAGGAUUCCAUGACACCAGCAACUUUAGGCCCUCGUCUGCAACGGGGGUGUUUGAUCGCCACUCACUGCGACAUCAAGACCGUGCAUCCCCGCCAGCAUCGCCUGCAGGGGCGCGCACCAAGGUUCAACGCAGUCGGAGUCGACCUCGGGAGAAGCAAGGCACCCCACACAGUCUACUCACAUUAGAUCGGCGCUCCCGGCUGCGCUAG